UUUACAGUGUCGUAAUCAAAAGCGUAAACGAUAUAAUGGGUUGGAAGUUAAGUCAUAUUCAGAACCGAAAAUGAAAGAACACAAAUCGCAUCUAAUAAUAAUAGCUGCGUUGGUUCUAACACAGAUUUCGAGUUACGUGGCUUUGGACUGCUACAAUUGCCGUGGUGUUCACGAUGUAAGGGACUGCAAUGCAACUACGACUUGUGGGGCGAAUCAGGCAUGCUUUCAUCAUCAGAGAGUCACAUCUUCCGGAAACAUCAUUGAUCUCGGUUGCCAAUCUUUGACGGUGUGUGUUUCUGCUAGUGGUGGAACUGAGGUUAUCGGACGUUCUGUAAAACAAACACGUCAGGCGGGUCUUUCUGAUUGUUCGGAGUGCUGUUCGACAGACGAAUGCAAUGACCAACUUUGCCUUCACAAGGCCCCAAACCAAUGCGUGGACGACGAGACAAUAGACUGUGCAAAAUUGAGUUCGCUUUUCAACGUUUGUACUGGAAACUACGAACAUGCAGCUUUGGUUUGUCCACGUACAUGUAACUUGUGCAAUUACACUAACGGAAACUGGGCGGAUUGGACAAGCUGGUCAGCUUGUACUAUCACUUGUGGCAGCACUACACAAAUGCGAACAAGGACAUGCACCAACCCUCCGCCUUCAACCCACGGCAAAAACUGCGAAGGACCUACGACGGACUACAAGUCCUGCGUGCGGGACGCCUGCCCAGUCGACGGUAACUGGGGAGCAUGGACUACAUGGGAGUCAUGUUCAGCGACAUGUGGUGUGGGAAUACAACACAGGAACAGGCUUUGUGACAACCCACCUCCAGCGCGAUUUGGUGAUCUCUGCUUUGGAGAUUCGUUGGAUUACCGAAUGUGCAUGAUUCAAGGGUGUUCUGAUGGUGGAUGGGCAACUUGGAGUUUGUGGAGCUCUUGCUCAGCCACAUGUGACGGCGGGACCAGCCAACGUUACCGAGAGUGUACCAAUCCAUCACCCUCCCCUUACGGACAGCAGUGUCAUGGACCCAACUCAGACUUUAAAGUCUGCAGUAUCUUCCCGUGUCAACCACCAGUGCGCCUUACCGAUGGUCGAUUUGAAAUAUUCAUAAACGGUCAAUGGGGGACAGUGUGUGACGAUCACUUUGAUACCAACGGUGCUACAGUUGCAUGCCGGAUGCUCGAACUACGAACGUGA